AUGGUCCUCAAGCUCUACGGAUUCCUCCGGUCGACCUGCACGACCCGAGUGCGCCUCGCGCUCGCUGAGAAGGGUGUCGACAUUGAAUUCCACAGCGUCGACCUCGCCAAGGGAGAGCAAAGGACGGAGUCUUACUUGGAAAUGCAGCCGUUUGGAAAAGUGCCUGUUCUGCAGGACACCGAGACAGGCGUUCAGGUCUUCGGUAGCAUUUCCCCGGCUAAAAAUCGAUAUACUCGCGCUAACUCUUGUCUAACAGAAAGCAGAGCCAUUGCUCAAUACGUCAUUGCCAAAUACCGUGGCCAAGGCACAGAACUUGCCCCCCUUGAGUCUGAUCUGAAAGCAUGGGCUCUGUACCAGCAGGCCGUCUCCAUCGAACUCUCCUACUUUGAUCCCUUUGUAUCACAGCUCGCCUACGAAAAGGUCUUCAAGCCCCUCAAGGGCCACGGCGAGACCGAUGAAGCGCGGGUCAAGACGCUGCUUUCGCAGCUCGACCUGACUCUUCAGGGUUACGAGCGGGUUCUCUCCAAGCAGAAGUACCUUGCUGGUGACCAAGUGACGUUUGCCGAUCUGGCGCAUCUGCCAUACGGUGUGUUUGUGGAACAGUUCGGAUUCGCGGACUUGAUUGCAAAGUACCCGCAUUUCCAGAAAUAUUGGGAGGGGUUGAAGGCCAGGGAGAGCUGGAAGAAGGUCACUGCUCAGUCGACAUAG